AUGAUGUUCGCUCCAAGCAACGCUCCUGACGACGUCUUCAACGACAUCGUCCGCGAGCUCCUGGAGAGAUACUACGGCACGAGCCACUACCAGGUCAAGUCCAAGGCCAAUGAGGUCGUGGACCUGGCCCGCACCGCCGCCUCCGAGAUCGAGGACCUCCGCGGGCGCGCAGACGACCAGGGCAUCGACCACGAGCCGAGCCGGGUCGUGACCCUGUGGAUCGACCAGUCCGAGGAGGUCAUCCGCGACGACUCCCUGACGGACGACAAGAAGCACACCCGCCUCUUCUACAUGGUGCCCUUCAUCUCCGAGGAGGUCGACAACAUCAUCUCCGUCCUCACAUGGCUGCGGAACGACGUCGACGCCCCGGGGGGCGUCAGCGUCAUUGAGCUGGAGCUCCUCGUGGUCGAGCUGAUAGAGCUGCUCGAGGACUGCACUGCAAUUGCCCUUCGGGGCCUUGCAGGCUUGAGUUGA